AUGGCAGCCUGGAAUAUAACACUAUGGAAUAGAACCGGAUCGAAAGUUGAUAUGAUGAUUUUUCAAACCAUGCCAGAUGUAUUCAUAUACGGCAGUUAUUUUGCGGCUUGGAAGGUUGAGGAAACACCAAAUCCUGGAAAUAUUCGUCUAGAAUUGCCAGAGACAUUUGAGUUCUGCGUGAUUGAAGAGGAUGGAAGACAGACGGGUCCUCUUUCAGUCAACUACGGCGACGAAGUCAAAGUUUCACAACCUACUGCUGCGAAUGCGCCAACCGUAACGAUCAAUUUUAAUAAAAAUAUCCCAAAAGACCGAAUCAAGGUGAUCAACUUAAGCGGUAAUGCGCAGCCACUAGAAAUGGCUUUGUUUAAACAAGACAGUAAAGUGGUCUUCUACAAGGACAUUGUGCCUAACUCAUUCGUAUUUAUGGCCAUAAAACCGAGCGUCUACAUGGCAGUCGUUGGCCCGGUCAAACAAGGGCAAGAAUUUCUAGCAAAUGUCUUUGUUGAUAAGAAAAUCGUACCGAAAUCUUAUCACAUUGACCAAGUUGUUGACGGUGACGAAGAGGACGCAUAUCCAGUCCAAGCAGAGUCUACUGAUGAAACUGUCGAAUGUUACAUAAAUGUCCAAACGGCAUGUUAUUCAAAGGCGACACAUUUUAAUCAAAUGGUCGGAUAUUCAGUACCAGCAGAGUUUAAACUCCUAGAAGAUAGAUCUGUGAUAAAUAUUCAAAUAACACAGAAGAAAUCGGGGGAAUAC